AUUCCCACACUGCUUUGGCUGUUUUGACCACUAAAUUCGCGGUCAAGACUUGGGCAAUCGAAUUUUUUAAAGUGGAGCUUGUCAGGCUGUUUAGAUAUUUGAAUUUACACUUGACAAUGGCUUCUCAAAAUAGAAAAUUCCAAAGACCAUUUGUUGUUUCUGUUGAAGGAAACAUUGGCAGUGGGAAGUCUUCAUUUUUAAAAUAUUUUCAGUCAUACCCUGGAGUAAAAACAUUUUCUGAACCUGUUUCAGAUUGGUGUGAUGUUGGUGGUCAUAAUUUGCUUGCCCUGUUGUAUCAUGAUCCAGAAAAAUGGAGUUUCGCCUUUCAAUCCACUGUACAACUUUCACGCUUGAACAUUAUAUUACAACCCACAAAUGCAAACGUAAAAAUGAUUGAAAGAUCACUUCAAAAUAACAGAUUUUGUUUCCUUGAGAUUGGGAAGCAAAUGGGAGCUCUCUCUCCACCUGAAUAUGUAGUCUUGACAAAAUGGUAUGAAUGGUUGGAACAAAAGGCUGAUAUAGGAUUAGAUCUCAUUGUUUACCUGAGAACAAAGCCAGAAGUCGCGCAUGAAAGGAUGACGAAGCGUCAAAGACCGGAAGAAAAGGAAAUUCCACUAUCAUACAUUCACCUGGUUCAUGAUUGCUAUGAAACCUGGCUAGUUGGCGAUGGGCAAAACAAAGCCCAGAGCCUGGCACCUGUUUUAAUUCUAGAUGCCAAUCGUCCAUUAGAAGAUAUCUUCAAAGUUUGUGAGGAAAACCGUGAUAAAAUUUUGGGCACCUAUCGGUGAACCUUAAUUUUCAUUUUCGACCAAAUCGCACAAGUGGAUAAAAGUGAGAAAUGC